CGUCCAUUUGUGAUCUGUAAGGUGGUGGGAGCUGCAGGCGGGACUCGGCGAGGCCCAGGAACUAGAAAUGGACUCAGUGGCCUUUGAGGAUGUUAAUGUGGAGUUUACCAUGGAGGAGUGGGCUUUCCUGGAUCCCACCCAGAAGAAACUCUACACAGAUGUGAUGCUGGAAACCUUCUGGAACCUGACAUCAGUAGCAUGUAUUUUAGAAGAACAAUGUGAGGACCAUGACAAUGAAGAUCAGUAUGAAAAUCAUGGGAUGAAUCUUAGCAGUCAUAUGGUAGAGAGACUCUGUAUAAGGAAAGAUGGCUGUCAAUGCAGAGAAAACUUCAGCCAGAUUCCAAAUCAUAAUGAGAAGAAGGAAACUCCUACUGAAAUAAAACAACCUAAAUCCAGGUUGUGUAGGCAAAUCUUCAUGCGUUAUUUGUCCUUGAAUAACCACCUGAGCUCUCACAUUGGACCCAAACUAUACCUGUGUCAGGAAUAUGAAGAAAACCCUUAUAAAUAUAAGGAACCUGAGAAAGAUUUCAAGCCUCACCAACAAAUUCAAAGACAUGAAGGCAGUCCCAGUGGGAAAGCUUUCCACUAUUUAGCUUCCCUUAGAAAUCAUGAAAGAAUGCAUAUCGCUGAGAAACUGUAUGAGUGUAAGCAAUGUGAGAAAGUCUUUAGUCGUCUCAGUUACUUUAAACUUCACAAAAACACUCAUAGUGGUGAGAAACCAUAUCAGAGUAAGCAAUUUGGCAAAGCUUUCAGUUCUUCCAAGUACUCUGGAGAAAAUGAAAGAGCACACACUGCAGAAAAGCCCUAUCAAUGUAAGAAAUCUGGUAAAGCUUCCAGUUCCACUUGUCUAAGAAAUCCUGAAAGAACACAUCCUAGUGAGAAACCUGAUGAAUAUAAGGAAUGUGGGAAAGUCUUCAGUUGGCUCAGCUCUCUUGAAACACAUAAAAGAAGUCAUGACAGAAAGAAGCCUCAUGAAUGUAAGGAAUGUGGUGAAAUAUUCUGUCAUCACUAUUCCCUUAUAAUUCAUCAAAGAAUGCAUACAGGGGGAAAACCGUAUGAAUGUAAGCUUUGUGGUAAAGUUUUCUCUUAUUCAACUUCCCUCCAAAAUCAUAAAAGAACACAUAACAGGGAAGCACCCUAUGGAUGUAAGCAAUGUGGGAAAACCUUCAGUUGUCCAAAGUCUUAUCAAGACCAUCAACAGACACAAUGUGGAGAAAAGCCCUAUGAAUGUAAGCAACGUGGGAAAGCUUUUAUAUUUUCUACUUCUCUUCAAAAUCAUGAAAAAAUGCAUACUGGGGAGAAACCCUAUAAAUGUAAGCAAUGUGGGAAAGCCUUCUCUUGUAGCAGGUCUUUUGGAAAACAUAAAAGAAAUCAUGACGAAAACAAGCCUCAUGAAUGUAAGGAAUGUGGUAAAACAUUCCUUUAUCCCUCUUUCCUUAGAAUUCAUGAAAGAAUGCAUACUGGGGAAAAACCAUAUGAAUGUAAGCAAUGUGGGAAAGCUUUCACACAUAACAAUAAUCUUAAAAAUCAUGAAAGAAUGCAUACUGGUGAGAAACCCUUUGAAUGUAAACAAUGUGGGAAAGCUUUCAUACGUUCCAUUUCUCUUAGAAAUCAUGAAAGGAUGCAUACUGGGGAGAAACCCUAUGAAUGUAAACAAUGUGGGAAAACCUUCCAUUCUAGCGGCUCUCUUAAAAAACAUAAAGGAAAUCAUGAUGGAAAAAAGCCUCAUGAAUGUAAAGAAUGUGGUAAAAGUUUCCUUUAUCCCUCUUUCCUUAGAACUCAUGAAAGACUGCAUACUGGGCAAAAACCCUAUGAAUGUAAGUAAUGUGGGAAAGCUUUCCAUUAUAGCAAUUCUCUUGAAAACAAAAGAAAUCAUGACAGAAAAAAGCCUUAUGAAUGUAAGGAAUGUGGUAAAACAUUCCAUCAUCCCUACUCCUUUAGAGAUCAUGAAAGAACUCAUACCCGGGUAAAACGCUAUGAAUGUAAGCAUUGUGGUAAAGGUUUCUAUUAUCAAUCUUCUCUCCAAUAUCAUGAAAGAACCCAUACUGGGGGAAAACCCUACAAAUGUAUGGUUUAUGGUAAAGUUUUCUCUUCUUCAACUUCCAUUCAAUAUCACAAAAAGAUGCAUACGAGGGAAAAACUGUAUCAAUGUAAGGAAUGUGGUGGGAAAACCUUCCAUUCUAGCGGCUCUCUUAAAAAACAUAAAGGAAAUCAUGAUGGAAAAAAGCCUCAUGAAUGUAAAGAAUGUGGUAAAAGUUUCCUUUAUCCCUCUUUCCUUAGAACUCAUGAAAGACUGCAUACUGGGCAAAAACCCUAUGAAUGUAAGUAAUGUGGGAAAGCUUUCCAUUAUAGCAAUUCUCUUUGAAAACA